UCAGCGGAGAGAUCAGGCUGAGAGGAGGACGGUGAUCCGGAGACAAGGCGGGCAAAAACACUCGCAGAGAGACGUGUUUACUUUCUGAUCUCCGUCCGUUACCAGUGCGUGCUUUUAGGGGGAAACACAGAGGCGGCUGUUUAGGUGUUUCGGGGGUUUUCGUGUCGGAUGGCUGCUGUUUGUUGUUCCUUUGCGCGGAAACAGGACUGAAUGGCUGAUCACUAAAUUCACUAAUUUCACUACGGCGAUCUUAAUGGAGAAGCACAGCGACUCGACGCUUGCCUGACGAGCAGCUUGUGUCCGGAUAAAUGUCAUUGAUAUCGGUGUAUAUUUGGAUUUCAGACGUGGCUGCAGCUGUGGAUUAUUUCUGUGACACUUUUUUACUUUCGAUAACAAGCAGCACUGUCACUGGCUGAGCGGCAGAGCUGACAUGGCCAACAUGAAAUCCCGCAGUGAGGAUGAGGACGAUGAGCGUCAUUCUACAGAUCCUGACAACAGAGACCCCAAGAACUCUAAAAAGAUGCUCUGCAAAGUUAAAUGGUCCAGAGAAGAGGACGAGAGGCUUAAAAAGCUUGUUGAGCAGCACGGUACUGAAGCAUGGAAAUUAAUCGCUAAUUAUUUCCCAACGAGGACAGAAGGCCAGUGUCAGCACCGCUGGCAGAAGGUCCUCAACCCAGAGCUGGUGAAAGGGCCUUGGACAAAAGAGGAGGAUCAGAGGGUGAUAGAGCUGGUGCAUAAGUAUGGCCCCAAGCGAUGGUCAGUAAUAGCUAAGCACCUGCAGGGCCGCAUAGGAAAGCAGUGUAGAGAGCGCUGGCACAACCACCUCAACCCAGAGGUGAAGAAGUCCUCUUGGACCCAGGAAGAGGACCGUAUCAUCUAUGAGGCACACAAACGCCUCGGCAACCGCUGGGCUGAGAUUUCAAAGCUGCUACCCGGAAGGACAGACAACUCCAUUAAGAACCACUGGAACUCCACCAUGCGUAGGAAGGUGGAACAGGAGGGCUAUUUGCAGGAGGGCAACAGGAGCUUCAACAACGAGCAGCCUAUGAAGAGACGACACAAAGCCUGCCACAGUGUGGAGCAGCAGCACAGCCACAGCCAGCUGCUCAUGAAUGACCAGUCCCAGCUGGCUGGAUACUCGUACGGCUCUGUGAGUGGGCAGUGCAUGGACAGCGUCACAGAGGGCUCCAGCUUCAUGUCGCCGUGCCACGACGAUCCCGACAAAGAGCAGCGAAUUAAGGAGCUAGAGCUGCUGCUUAUGUCGGCUGAGAAUGAAGUCAGAAGACAGUCCGGCCUUCGUAACCCAGAGAGUUACUCCAGCUGGUCAGACAGUCUGGCAGAUGACACUGUGACCACCACUGGCAGUCUGGAGGAGGGCGGUGUUGAGCUCUGUCGUGCGGAGGAAACUCAUGCACAGCCCGUUCCGCUGCACGUCUCUCCCAGCAAGUUCCUGGCAGUGGAAGCCAGCGCUGUGCUCUCCACUCUGCAGACCAUUCCUGAGUUUGCAGAAACCAUGGAGCUCAUUGACUCGGAUCCCACAGCCUGGAGUGAGGUGACUAGUUUUGACCUAUCUGAGGCCGUGAGUCCUCCUAAGCCCCUCGGCCUUGGUGGGGCAUACCCAGCUCCGGAGAGCAGCGCAGAGGUCAUUGGAUACCACCUCAACGGCCUUGCUGUCCAAGAUAUCAACAGGCCGCUAGUUGGAGCUGGGCAGGGAAAGACUGUUGCUCAUACCACUCGGUCUGCGAGCAAAUUCAACUCCCCACCAUCAUCCAUCCCAAGGAAGCAGGCGAGAGAAAACGGAGACCAGUCACCCACCGCCGAAAGAAACUGCAGUUCGUUUAGAGACACCACCAGCAGCUCACCCAAAGGCACACCAGUGAAAGGGUUACCGUUCUCUCCCUCCCAGUUCUUCAACAUAUCCGGGACUGAGCAUUUGAACCUGGACAAUCCUGCACUUACGUCCACUCCAGUGUGUGGGCAGAAAUGCUUCCUUAACACGCCACACCAGAGGGAAACCACACCCAAACAUCAGAAAGAGAAUGCUGGUUUCAGAACACCCAAGAUCCGUAAAUCCAUAAUGGUCCACACCCCAAGGACACCCACUCCUUUCAAAAAUGCCCUGGCAGCUCAGGAGAAGAUGCAUGGGCCCUUAAAAGUUGUGCCGCAGCCACUGGCUUUCCUGGAAGAAGAUAUCAGAGAAGUGUUGAGGGAGGAAACAGGGUCGGAUAUCUUCACUCAAGGACAUACUCACUCUGAACACAGGGCUUAUGAGAUGGAUGUUCCUGCCAGGAAGGUGAGGAAGUCCUUGUUGUUGGACAGCUGGGGGAAAGAAUGCCUCGGUGUGCAGCUGUUCACUCAGCAGCAGAUCAGCACUAAUGCUCAAUCUCUCAACGAUGGGUUGUUGAGCAGCACUCUGCUGCUGCCCCCUCUGGCUGAGGGAGACAAGCUCUCCUGCUCUCCUGGCUCAGUAAAGGAGGACUCCCACCCUCUUAUCUAUCCCCUCAGCCCCCAGGCAAAAAAAGAGCUUCGUUCACACAGAAACCCCACCUACCAAACCUCUACUCAGGCAAGCAGUGAGUGGGAGGCAGUGGUGUUUGGGAAGACGGAGGACCAGCUGAUCAUGACGGAGCAGGCCAGGCGCUACCUGACCUCGUCCCAACUGCCCUGCACUCCGAGAGCGCUGGUCCUGUAAGCUCUGGCUCCGCCCUGCUCCAUUACAGCAACCGUCCCUGCCCCGUCCCCGCGCUUCACCUUUAGACAAUCUGGCAUAGGAAACUAAACGUCCACCUCUUUUGUAUAUAUUCACUAAAGACUUACUUAUAUGACAAUGUAUUUCAGAGUAGGCUGCUUUAACACACAAAGAAGCACGCUAGAGACUUGGCUUUGAUUCUGGAGAGGUAGACAUAGCUGGGUUUGUGACUAAAAGAACAUGACCUGUUUACCUGUUAGGAAUACACUUUUUGCAUCAACAGUAGUUGCUGAUUCGCUGACCUAGGUCAAAGUAUUUGAACAGACAUAUCAUAUCAUAUAACAGACUAUCAUAUAACUUUUUAGGUGUAGACAGCAUCGCGAGAGACAGUUUUGAGUAUUACAUUGUUGGAAGGGAAUUAAACCCUUUUUUCUGGUUUGUCUCUGCUGAUCUAUCUGUGCUCCACCCACAAAUGGGUUCUUUCCUAGCAAUCGUUGCUAGGUUGGACAAGCUUUACAGAAUGUUAGAAAAAUGCCAUUCACCCCAAAAGCAGCUACGUAGUGUUGAGUUUUCAGUUUAACAUGCUACAGAGCUAUUGGAGGUAAUUGAAACUAGGCAGGUAAAAGACAAGUUAGCUUGAUUGCAUGACAAAAUACAUGCAGUCUAUACUAACAUUGUGAAUGCAUGCAAAAUAAACAUCAUUUAAAGUGAAUAACACUUCUAAAUUUCAAAAACUACAGUUUCUCAUUCAUUUAAAUGUGAUUUCCGUAAUGCUUUUCCAACCUAGCAACAGUUGCUACAACAGGAUAUAUUUGUGGGUGAAGCGUGUACAGGUCGGUUGUCUUUUGUUAAUAUGAUAAAAGAAAAAGCAUUUUUGUUAUUGCUUUUGUUUUCAUGUUAAUGCCAGACAACCAAGAUAAGAACAAAAAAAAAUAUUUAGGGUGCAGUUCCUAAAGUUGGAUCAUACCAGCCUGUCUUCCAGGUUUUUAGCGUGUUUGUUUUUAGAGGAUUUUUUAUUACCAACAUGGCGUCUUAAGGAUUGGAGAGCACUGGCAGUGUUGCACUACUGAUUGUGGUUGUGUGUAAAGGAGAGGAGCUCGGAGAAGGAACUGGAUAGCACUUGCAAUGUGAUUGUUUCGGCUCGAAACCGUAACAAGAAGGCUCUGCUCCGUUUAUGCGGAUGACACUCACUGAAUGUAUUGUACAGCAUUUAUCCGCGAAGUAGCGUCAAAAGGAAGGGUACCUCUUUUUGUUUCUUAUUUUCGUUUUUUAAUUUAUUUUCUACUGUAAAAUUAGAGUUGUUGCGAUGUUUAUUGAACACCUGGACUGUCCAGUUUCAGAAAAAAAUGUAAAAAAGAACUAAAACAACAACAACAAAAAAACAAACCUACCUUUUUGCUGACAGACACAGCUGUGACUGCAGCCUAAACGAAUAGCAUCUUAGCUGCUUUAGUCAAUCUUACCAUAAAUCAUGUUUUGGUACUGAUUUUUUUUUUUUAAAGGCGCAGAAGUCUAGCAGAAGUAACACAUUCCAAGACAUUCACAUUCUUGGCAAAGUGGAUUUCUCUCUUCAUUUAGGGCUGUAGGUUGUAUUUAUUAAAUCUCUACUAAUUUAUUUAUUGCAAAGAUAUAAAGAGAAUCUUUAAUUUUAUUUUCCGUCGUGUCGAGAAAAAGGAUUUUGGCUACCUUCCAUCACACACUUUUCUAAAAAAACAACAGAUGUUAAUGACAUAAACCGGCACUAAUCGUUCUUUUCUGAUUGGUCUAAAUCUAGUUAGCAGAAAAUCAUCUCCACAGUUGUAUCUCUGUUGAGUUCAAACCAGUUUAAAUACAGGUAGCAGCAUUCAGCCUCCAAAAUGUUCAACAUAGGCAAAUUGCACUUUUUAAAUGUUGUUUAAAUGUUGGGUUGUUCUCAGUCUAUGUGUUUUUUCCCCUUGUAAAGUGCCCUGUAGUGUUUGUGAGUUCUGUUAUUAUGAUUUUUUUUGUGAUGGUAGUGGUGGUGGCCAAAUGUUUCUUUAAAAAAAAUGAAACACUGACUUUUAGGAUGGCAUCUGAAUAAGAACAGAUAAGAGUUCCUCUCUCUCACUCAGUACUUCUACUGGUGAAAUCGAAGGCUAGCUGCUACUGAGAAACACAAAUGAAGAGGCCAUACUAAUAGAUAGAAACACAAGCACAGUCCUUUGGAGAUGUAGGAUGUAUUGAUUUUCGUAUAUUUUGAAUUUGAAGGCUGGUAUCGAAGGUGACCCUUGUGAAAUUGUUCCAGUAGAGCAUUUGUCAGACCAGUGUUUUCUACUGCGCAAGAACAGGGCUCAAUUUGAAAUUAUCGAGUAGUAUUAGAGGUUACUGAAGAUGUCUGCAUUAAGGCAUUUUAAUUAAAAACAAGUGUUGGUCAAAUGCACUGAGCUUGUUUAAUUAAUUAACUCAGUUGUUUAUUUCAACACAAGGACUUUGACGUCUUCAAGCAGCAAUUUAGCUUUAAAUAAUUAAUCGCAAGGUCUGUGUUCUUAAAUCACCAAGAUAUUCACCAUGUUUUAUAGCAUAAGAUUGAAUAUUAUUUAAAGUAACAGUGCAGGUAACAGCUAAAAAAGCAUUUUUGAUUUGUUCGAUGUCUUUGGUUUGAUGUGUCUAUGUACAUUUUUGUCUUGUUUUUAAUGUAGGUGUAUAUAAAAAUUCUAUUUUCUAACGCUCAACCACCUAAUCGUAGGUUUUGAGGGAAGUAAGUACAUGUAGCAGUUUAAAAACAGUGCAUGAAACGCAAUACAUUCAACAUAUCCCACUUGCAUUUUCACAAGAAGUUCAAACAUGACAAUAUUUUGCUCAUCAUCUAUUGCCUGCCUUUCUGAAUCCUGCCAAUAACCAUAUGUGACUCUUGUACUUAUUGAAAUAAAAAGAAAA